AUUCACUCGUCCAUCUUCUUUACUAUGAAACACAGAAUUUGGUUUAUUCUUCUUUUACUUGCAACUUUCUUCGAAAAAAAUCAGUCGAUUGAUUUGGGAGGAAGCCGUAAAGUUCAAAAGCCAAAGGAGGAUCCAAAAAGAGAAGAUGUGAAUAUUGCUGUCGUGUAUCAGCAUUACGCUGGCCGCUCGAAAUCCUACGACAAAGCUUUUAAGGAAGUUAUUCGAAAAAUCAAUGACGCCACUGCAGUAUCAAGUCUCCGACGCCUUGCUACACGAUACAACUUCCAAGCAGUCGACUGUAUUCUUCCGACUGGAACAUUUUUUGUCAAAGAAGUUCUAGAUUGUCUUUGCAAUAAUGUCACCUCAAAUAACGUAGCUCUUAUCAUUUUUGUAACAGCGUCAGAGACAUAUGACUCAACUACCGCUGCUGAGCAAUAUUUCUUGACUGCAGCAAGUUAUACGGGAAUUCCAAUAAUUGCUUGGAACGCUGACAACGCUGGAUUCACAUUUGAAAAUGAUUUGGGUCCGUAUAGAAUUAUUCAAAUGGCUCCGCCAAUUGAGCAUCAGGCUAGAGCAAUGCUUGCACUUCUUAGACGAUACAACUGGCCAAAAUUUGGGGUGGUUACAUCUGAAAUGGCUGGAAAUGAUCGUUUUGUGACUGCGAUUCGAGAAGAGCUGGAAUUAUUUUCCAAUAAAUCUACAAAAUUCGAAAUGAUUCACUUUUCUCAUAUGAACACAAAAAAUGAUACCGACGUUGACUUAAAGUUGGCAGAUGUGAAGAAAAAUCAAGCGAAAAUUAUUUUAUUGUACGCAAAUGCGGCUCAAGCAGGGACAAUUUUUUCGCACGCUGAAAAAAUGGAUAUGAUCGGAGAAAAAUAUCUGUGGAUCGGCACUCAAUCAGUGAAAGGCACACAAACUACGGUGAAAGCUCCGGCUCAGGCUGGAAUGCUUUGUGUCAAUUUUCAUACAGUAUCCAAUGCAAUGUUUGCUCCGCGUGAUGACAUCCUCCCUCUUAUCAUUCAACUUGCACCAAAACUUUUUGGAGCCGCUUUGCUUCAACUACGACCCAACGAAAUGUUCUCGUUGAAAUCGAAUGUAUCGUGCAAAAGUGAAGAUGGUGAUCCAUAUUGGGACAAUGGGAAAUAUAUUUAUGAACACAUGAAAGCAGCAUUUGUAAAGGGAAAUCCAUUCCACGUGGAUGACGGUCAUGACUCGUUUUUCUACACUUUUGAGAAAACCGGACGGUUGAGAAACUCGAUUCUUCAAAUCUCAAAUUUGAGAACUAAUUCGAAAGGUGAAAAAACUUGGGAAAAAGUAGGAAUUUUCACAAAUAACGAGUUGAAAAUGGCGGAUGUUCAAUGGCCGGGCGAAAAGGCCAAUCCACCUCAGGGAGCAGCUGACAAGUUUCACGUGAAAGUGGUCACUCUGCAUGAACCACCAUUCAUCGCUGUAUCUGAUGUUGAUCCUGACACACAGAAAUGUCCAGGAAAUCAGGGAUCCAUCUGUGAUUGGGGAGAUGUCGAGUAUACUGAUGGCGCUGGCGUUAAGAAAAAUCGAACACUUUUAAAAUGUUGUUCUGGAUAUUGUGUAGAUCUUCUCAACAAACUUGCAAAUGAUAUUGGAUUCACUUACACUUUAUACAAAGUACGAGACGAGAAAUGGGGACUGAAGACUGAAAAUGGAUGGAAUGGGCUUAUAGCUGAUUUGAUGCACAAUAAGGCAGAUAUGUGUGUUACUUCAUUGAAGUUAAACUCGGAACGAGCACGAGAUAUUGACUUUUCCCUUCCAUUUUUGGAUACUGGAAUUUCAAUAAUUGUAAAAAUUCGAAGCGGAGUUCUAUCUCCAACUGCUUUUCUAGAACCUUUUGAGUAUUCAACAUGGGUUAUUAUUCUAUUUGUUUGCAUCCACGUGGCAGCAAUCUCGAUAUUUUUAUUCGAAUGGGUGUCACCAUACUCAUUCAAUAUGCAAAAAUAUCCCCCGCCAGAGCAUAAAUUCUCAUUAUUUCGAUCAUAUUGGCUCGUGUGGGCGACAUUGUUCAGUGCAAGUGUAUCCACAGAUGUUCCCAAAUCUACAGUAUCCCGAUUGAUGGCUCUCGUUUGGGCAGCUUUUGGUCUAACUUUUUUGGCAGUUUACACGGCUAACUUGGCGGCAUUUAUGAUCACACGUGUUCAAUAUUAUGAUUUGAGUGGAAUACAUGAUCCUAUGUUAAACUUCCCACAUGAUCAAAAACCACCAUUUCGAUUUGGUACAGUUGAUGGUGGUAACACUCAUGAGACUAUGAAACGGAAUUGGCACAAAAUGCACGAAUACGUGAAGCAUAACAAAUAUUUCCGAAUGAACAUUUCCGCGGGAAUAGAAGCUGUCAAAAAUGAAGAACUCGAUGCUUUUAUCUAUGACGCUGUGGUGCUUGACUACUGGGCUGGAAAAGAUGCAAAUUGUGCAUUGAUGACAGUUGGUAAAUGGGCAAGUAUGACAGGUUACGGUAUUGGAUUUCCAAAGAACUCACCGCACACUUCUCUAGUCAAUCAUUACAUGCUGCAGUAUCAGCAGAAAGGUGACUUGGAACGUCUUCAAAACUUCUGGCUCACCGGAGCAUGUACACCAGACAGUCACAGUCAAACCCAGUCAGCACCGCUUGGAAUCGAGAAUUUUCUAUCGGCAUUUGUGCUGUUAGCCGGUGGAAUCAUCGUCAGCGUCAUUGUUCUUGGAUUUGAGCACAUUUAUUGCAUGCACCUUCGGAAGCCUCUACAAAAGAUUGAUCCGAAUGGUUGGUGUGGAAUUAUCAGUAUGGCUAUGGGAAAAUCUUUGACAUUCACGGAAGCUGUUGAUCGAGUUCAAGAAUGGAGGUCGAGGACACAAUCGUUGGCGAGUACGAAUUCUCCGCAAUUAAAACGACGACGAUCUGCGAAUUUAAGACCAACUGAAGAACCAUUCAAUCAAGAUCUGAACCCGCCAAGAAGAAGCCCCCGUUUUUUGCAAGUCGAAACCAAUCUUUGAGCUCGUGAUUUCCAGAUAAAACAUUUCAUGAUAUUAAUAUUAUAAAUUAGAAUUCGAGAUACACGAAAAAA